AUGCCACAGCUGCAGGAUUAUAAACACGUUGGAGAGCACCUCAGGAACGAUGCGAAUGAGGUGAACGAGUUCAUCACGACCGAACGGGCUUACGCAGUGAACGAUCUCGACGAAACUUUGGCCACCCUACACCUACUCAACGACGAGCAGCGUACAGUGUACGACAAAAUUACGGCGGCCAUUGAUCGAGUUCGGAUAUCGACGAGCACUACAACGGAUACGGAUGUGAACACCAACUCAACCGGAAUCUAUAAUGCUGAAGACAAUCGCUUUUUCUUCCUGGACGGUCCUGGUGUACAGUCGAAGCGCGCUGAACUCAUCCGCAGCCGGUACGCGUUGGAAGCAGUCGAUCGUACCAUUCGGGACAUAACGGGCGUGCAGCGACCAUUUGGCGGCAAGGUGGUACUGCUGUCCGGUGACUUCCGUCAAAUUUUGCCCAUCGUACCAAAGGGUAAUGAUGCACAAAUUAUCAACGAGUGCAUCAAACGGAGCACACUAUGGUCCUUAUGUACGACGCUACGGCUGUGCGUUAACAUGCGGGUACGCACGGCUUCAAACGCGACUCGAGCCAGCGAACUGCAGGAAUUUGCCAACUUUUUGCUGCGUAUCGGAGAAGGGCGACACGAUACGUUUGCAGGAGCGGACCCAUCGUUGGCAAAAAUACCGCACGAUAUGGUUGUACCCCGUACGGCGAACUCGGCUCUGGACAUCAAUAAGCUGAUUGCCCGAGUUAACACAUCGCUCGAACAUCCGCUGACCCAGUAA